AAAAAUCAGCAGAAGAGUAACAACAAUGAAAAUGUUCUCGAGUUCAUUGUACAUUGCCGUGGCAAUAUGCCUUGUACCAUGCAUGGCAGAACAUCCGAUACCUGAUUAUUUGCACAUUUGUCAUGAGAACGAUCCGAAUUUAACCGGCUGCAUGAUAACUUCGAUCGAGACGCUUAGACCAAAAUUAGUGACAGGAAUACCAGACUUGAACAUUCCAAGUAUUGAGCCAAUGGACAUCGGAAAUUUGCUCGUUUCGGAAGCCACACAAUCCAAUGGAUUACGUAUUACGGCUAAAAAUAUUCGUGCAUUUGGCGCUUCAACUUUCAAAAUUAAGAGUUUGGAAGUUGUCGAGUAUGGACAAAUUUAUAAUGCCGAAGUAUUUUUCCCAAAACUUGAGGUUGAAGGAACGUACGAAGUUAAUGGACAAGUUUUAUUAUUACCGAUCAGAGGCACGGGCCCAUUCAAAGGAAAUUUCACUGAUUCUACUGGAAGUGUGCGCAUGCAAUUUGCUCGCAAGGAAAACAGUGAUUUGGUUACAAUGAAAAAGUUUGUUAUCAAAAUUAAAGUAGGCAAAGGUAAAGUUAGGCUUUUCAACCUGUUCAACGGUGAUAAAGCCUUAGGUGAUGCUGUAAAUGGGGUCUUAAAUGAAAAUUUUGAUGUUGUUUCAAAAGAUAUUAUUCCAUUAGUCGAAAGGGCUCUCCAGCGCCUAUUGAAACGUAUCUCAAGUAGAAUUCUCGAAAAUUUCACCUACGAUCAAAUAUUUCCAAAAUAAAACAAUAAAAUAAUAAAAGCAAUUGUUAGAGGUAAUUCAAAAAUAUCCACGCAGUGCUAAGAAUCCUAUCUCUCUCUAAAGCAUAUUUGUUUAGAUUCUUGUAAAUAUAAGCAUAAAUCAAUUUGAAUGAAUAAAUUUGUUGGCAAAAGGAUCUUACAACCAUCAAACAUA